AAGUCAUGGCCACAGAGAUUACCACCAAGGAACGUCUGGAGCGCUUGAUGGCCGCCAAGGCGCAGCUGGAGGAACAGAUCAGCAAGCACGGACAGAUCCUGGCCGCCAACGACAAUGUAGGCAUGAGUGGUCCGCUGGUGGACUUGGAGGGCUUUCCGCGAAACGACAUCGAUAUCUAUCAGGUGCGCCAGGCCCGCCAGUCCAUCAUCUGCCUGCAGAACGAUCACAAGGAGCUGAUGAACCAAAUCCAGACCCAGCUCAACUUGUACCACAGUGAAAUUGCUACCACAGAUCCUGAGCUGGUGAACCGUGCCUCUGCCCUGGACUUGGAUAGCGAUCGAACCACCGGUGGAGCUAAUAUAUCCAACUUGGCACCAGCUCGCGCCUUUGUCGUGGUCAACCUAGUCAGCCCCAAUUCCCCCGCAGAAGAAGCUGGACUUUGUGUGGGCGAUGCUAUCCUCCGCUUUGGCUCCGUCAACAGCAACAAUUUCAAAGGAGAUCUAGGCCAGAUUGGUGAAAUAGUUCGCAACAUGCAAAACCAGAAUGUUCAACUCAAAAUCAAGCGCGGCGAGCAGCAGCUGGAUCUGAUCCUUGUGCCGAAGACCUGGAGCGGACGCGGCCUCCUCGGCUGCAACAUAGUCCUGCCUCCCGAGGCCAUGGAGCACUGACUUCCCAUAGUUAUAAGCUUUGACGCAUUUGCCAGUGUACACUUGCUCUGCAUUUAAUUAUCAACUCAUGGCCAGGCCACAAAACAUGUUUGCCCUAAAUGGUGGAAAUUGA